AUGGCUGCUGAACUGCCCAUGGGAAAGGAGGUUGACCCCUCUCCGGAGCUGCUGUUUGGGGGAGUCACUCAGGAGGAUCCACCUCAGAAGAAACGAUCAGGUGAUGGAUGGCAGAUACAGCAUUCUGGCCAAGAGGCAGUAGCACCUUUUCCAAAAGUCAAAAAGGAAGUUAUGGAAAGGAUGUUUGGAAACGAAAAUUCUGAGGAAAACCAGUUAAAAGGGAGGCUGGAAAAAUGCUCUCCUUCUCAUUGUGCAGAUGUCAGUGUCUUCUUGGCUGAAGGUGACCACCAAGAAAAAGGAGUGUGUCCACAGUGUGGAAAAGUAUUCAGAGAUGAGUUGGAAUUAUGUGACUGUUCCAGAAGCCACACGGUAGAAAAACAAAAUAGAAGCAGGAAAUGCUCCAGAAGAACCAUUCCUCUUACUUUAUGUCACAGAAUACAAGCUGGAGAAGAAUCAUAUAAAUGCCCAGAUUGUGGAAAAAGCUUCAGAGACUCAAGUCAUCUUACUUCCCAUAAAAGGAUCCACACAGGAGAAAAACCAUAUGAAUGCAAAGAAUGUGGAAAGAGAUUUCAGUUUGCCACAAGCCUAACUUCCCAUAAUAGGAUUCACACAGGGGAGAAACCAUAUGAAUGCCAAGAUUGUGGGAAACGCUUCACUCUCUCGGGUUCCCUCACUCAGCAUAAAUGGAUCCACACCGGAGAGAAACCAUAUAAAUGCCAAGAGUGUGGAAAGAGUUUCACUAGUUCCAGAUCCCUCACUCGCCACAAAAAGAUCCACACAGGAGAGAAACCAUAUCAGUGCAAGAACUGCGAGAAGAGCUUUAGGCAAAAAAUUCAUUACAUUGUACACAACAGAAUCCACACUGGGGAGAAACCAUAUAAAUGUCAGGAGUGCGGAAAGAGUUUCAGUUCUUCAAGAAAUCUUAUUUCGCAUAAAAGGAUCCACACUGGGGAGAAACCAUAUAAAUGCCAGGAGUGUGGAAAGAGCUUCAACAAUUCUCAGAUCCUGACUGAUCAUAACAGGAUCCACACAGGAGAAAAACCAUAUAAGUGUAUGGAGUGUGGAAAGAGAUUCCGUUCUGCAAAACCCCUUACUUACCAUAUAAGGAUCCACACAGGGGAGAAACCAUAUAAAUGCCAGGAGUGUGGAAAAUGCUUCACUAUGUCCGGUUCCCUCACUUCUCAUAAAAGGAUCCACAGCGGGGAAAAACCAUAUAAAUGCUUGGAGUGUGGAAAGAGCUUCAGAGACUUAAGUUAUCUUACUUCCCACAAAAGGAUCCAUUCAGGAGAAAAACCAUAUGAAUGCAAGGAAUGUAAAAAGACUUUCCGUUUUGCCAGAAGCCUUAUUUCCCAUAAUAGGAUUCACACAGGUGAGAAACCAUAUAAAUGCCAGGAUUGUGGAAAGUGUUUCACAGCUUCAAGUUUUCUGGCUUCCCAUAAAAAUUUCCACACCGAGGAGAAACCAAAGAAAUGUACGGAGUACAGGAAAAGUUUAAUAACCAGUAGUGUGCUUUAUCAACACAGGUGGAUCCACGCGGGGGAGAUAUAUAAAUGCAAUGAAUGUGGGAAAUGCUUCUCUAAUUCAAGUUCCCUUCUUUCCCAUGCAAGGAUCCACACUGGGGAAAAACGAUACAAAUGCACCGAGUGUGAGAAAUGCUUCAUUAAUUUAAGUACCCUGACUUCCCAUAAAAGAAUCCACACAGGGGAGAAACCAUAUAAAUGCAUGGAAUGUGAAAAGAGUUUCAAAAGCAGCAGUCAUCUUAGUCGUCACAAGAGGAUCCACACAGGGGAGAAACCACAUAAAUGCAGUGAGUGUGGAAAAAGCUUUAUACAAAGUAAUGCACUUAAUAAACAUAGAAAGAUUCACUCAGGGGAGAAGUCAGAAAAACCGUAUAAAUGCCUGGAAUGUGGAAAGAGCUUCAGAGACUCAAGUUAUCUUACUUCCCAUAAAAGGAUCCACACAGGAGAAAAACCAUAUGAAUGCAAGGAAUGUGGAAAGAGAUUCCAUUUUGCCACAAGCCUAACUUCCCAUAAUAGGAUUCACACAGGUGAGAAACCAUACGAAUGCCUGGAUUGUGGAAAACGCUUCACAAUCUCAGGUUCCCUCAUUUACCAUAAAAGGAUCCACACUGGAGAGAAACCGUACAAAUGCCAAGAGUGUGGAAAAUGCUUUACUAUGUCAGGUUCCCUCACUUCUCAUAAAAGAAUCCAUACUGGAGAAAAGCCAUAUCAGUGUCAGGAGUGUGGAAAGAGUUUCAGAUCUUCAGGUUUUCUUACUUCUCACAAAAGGUUCCACAGCGAGGAGAAACCGUAUAAAUGUACAGAGUGCGGAAAGUGCUUCACCAAUUCAGGUUCCCUCACUUGCCAUAAAAGGAUCCACACAGGGGAGAAACCAUAUCAUUGCAAGAACUGCGGAAAGAGCUUCAGACAAAAAUAUCAUUAUACUGUACAUAAUAGAAUCCACACUGGGGAGAAACCAUAUAAAUGUCAGGAAUGUGAAAAGAGUUUCCGUUCUGCAAAACAUCUUAUUUCCCAUAAAAGAAUCCACACAGGGGAGAAGCCAUAUAAAUGCCAGGAGUGUGGAAAGAGCUUCAAUGAUUCUCAGGACCUUACUGCUCAUCACAGGAUCCACACAGGAGAGAAACCGUAUAAGUGUAUGGAGUGUGGAAAGGGCUUCCGUUCUGUGAAACAUCUAACUUAUCAUAAAAGGAUCCACACAGGGGAGAAACUCCAUAAGUGUUUGGAGUGUGGAAAGAGCUUCCGUUCUGCAAAACACCUUACUUACCAUACAAGGAUUCAUACAGGGGAGAAACCAUAUAAAUGCCAGGAGUGUGGAAAAUGCUUCACUAUGCCGGGUUCUCUCACUUCCCAUAAAAGGAUUCAUAGUGGGGAAAAACCAUACAAAUGCCAGGAUUGCGGAAAGAGUUUCAUAGGAUCAAGUUUUCUGACUUCCCAUAAAAGGUUCCACAGCGAGGAGAAACCAUAUAAAUGCGCCGAGUGUGGAAAGUGCUUCACGUAUUCAGGUUCUCUCACUUCCCACAAAAGGAUUCACACGGGGGAAAAACCAUACGAGUGCAGGGAAUGUGGAAAGAACUUCAGUCAAAAAUAUAAUUAUACUGUACAUAACAGAAUUCACACAGGGGAGAAACCAUAUCAAUGCACCGAGUGUGGAAAGAGCUUCCGCAAGAGUGUCAAUCUUGCUUCCCAUAAAAGGAUACACACCGGGGAGAAACCUUAUAAGUGUACGGAGUGUGGGAAAGGUUUCAUAAGCAGCAGUACCCUUAGUCACCACAGAAGGAUCCACACUGGGCAGAAAGCAUACAAAUGCAAUGAAUGUGAAAAAUGCUUCUCUAAUUCAAGUUCCCUCCUUUCCCAUACAAGGAUACACACUGGGGAAAAGCGAUACAAAUGCACUGAGUGUGAAAAAUGCUUCACUAACUCAAGCUCCCUAACUUCCCAUAAAAGAAUCCACACAGGGGAGAAACCAUACAAAUGCAUGGAAUGUGAAAAGAGUUUCACAACCAGCAGUCAUCUUAGUCGUCACAAGAGGAUCCACACAGGGGAGAAACCGUAUAAAUGCAGUGAGUGUGGAAAAUACUUCAGACAAAUUAGUGCACUUAAUACACAUAGAAAGAUACACUCGGGGGAGAGAUCAGGUAAGCGUUUAGACUGUGGAAAGACUUUCUGUAAUAAGAAUCCAUAUAAAUGCCUGGAGCACGGAAAAAGGUUCAGAACGAGCAGUUGCCACAAGAGAAUCCACACUGAGAAGCAGGAUUUGGUAUCACCCGAGGAUGUAGCUGUAUUUUUUUCCGUGGAGGAGUGGGCUUUGCUGGAUUCUGAGCAAAAAGCUUUGUAUCGAGAGAUCAUGCUGGAAAACGCAAGGAAUAUGGCCUCCUUAGAACAGCUACUUGUGCUUUGGAUUGACGAUCGGAUCCAGAAAAGAAUCCCAAUUAGUCUCCAUCUGAUUCAGGCGAAGGCCCGCAGCAUUUUUGAAAUUCUAAAGCAAGGAGCAGGUGAGGAGCGCAAUGAGACAUUUGGGGCCAGCCGUGGCUGGUUUAUGCGAUUCCAAAAACGAUUUAAUUACUAUAACAUACGAACAAUAGGUGAAGCUUUGAGUGCUGAUGAAGAAGCUGUCCAACACUUUCCAGACAAACUGGAUGAAAUUGUAAUAGAGGGCAACUAUUCACCACAGCAGAUCUUUAAUGUGGAUGAAACUGGGCUGUAUUGGAAGCAAAUGCCAGAGCAGAUUUACAUCCACAAAGAGGCCAAAACAAUGCCUGGAUCUAAAGCAUCUGAGGACAGAAUAACUUUGUUGUUGGGUGGAAAUGUCUCUGGGUUCAAGUUGAAGCCAUUGCUGAUUCAUAGAUCAGAGAAUCCUCAUGCCUUCAAAAAUAUAAAUAAGGACGCUCUACCAGUGUAUUACAGAGCCAAUAAGAAGGCGUGGAUGACACAAGUAAUCUUUGAGGAUUGGUUUGUGUCCUGCUUUGUGCCACAAAGAACACAAGAAAGAGGGAAACCGUACAAAUGUACAGAGUGUGCAGAAAGCUUUGUUACAAGCCGCUCCCUUGCAUCACAUAAAAAGAUUCAUAGAGCAGAGGAUCCACACACAUGUCAGGAUUGUGGAAAGACCUUCAGUCAGAAAAGUCACCUGAAUUCACAUCAGAAGGUCCACAAAGGGAGAAAGCAGCAUCAAUGCAUCAAGUGCGGAAAGAGCUUCGGAAGCAGAGCCUCCCUUACUUCCCAUCAAAGCAUCCACAGAGAGGAGUCGUUGUAUCAACGCAGGCAGAGUAGAACGAGGGUUACCUGGAGCAAGGAACUGAGUUCCUGGAAAAAAAGCCCCAUUGGGAAUGAUUCAUGUAAAUGCCUGGAAUGUGGGAAGAGCUUUCGCUUUGCAAGUGACCUCACUUACCAUAAUAGGAUCCAUACAGGGGAAAAGCCGUACCAUUGCACGGUGUGUGGAAAGAGUUUCACCCAAAAAGAGUGUGAAAAAUGCUUCCGUACCCCCGGUGCCCUUACUUGCCAUAAGAGGAUUCACACGGGGGAGAAACCCUAUGAAUGCUUGGAGUGUGGAAAAAGCUUCAAUAGACGUGAUUCACUAAUUAAACAUAAACGGAUCCACACAGGGGAGAAACCGUACAAAUGCCUGGAGUGUGGAAAGAGCUUCCGUAAAUCCACCCACCUAACUUCCCAUAACAAUAUCCACACUGGAGAGAAACCGUAUCAAUGUACUGAGUGUGGAAAGAGCUUCCGUAAAUCCAGUCACCUAAAUUCCCAUAAAAAUAUCCACACUGGAGAGAAACCGUAUCAAUGUACUGAGUGUGGAAAGUGCUUCACCAGCUCGUCACAAUUUACUUGCCACAAAAGGCUCCACACCGGGGAGAAACCAUACGAAUGCCGCACGUGUGGAAAGAGCUUCAAUGACAAACAUCGCUAUAUCGUACAUAGCAGAACCCACACUGGGGAGAAACCAUAUCAGUGCCCGGAGUGUGGGAAACGCUUCAAUGAGUCUCAAGAACUGACGAUCCAUAAAAGGAUUCACACAGGAGAGAAACCGUAUAAGUGCAUGGAGUGCGGCAUGAGUUUUAGAAGAAGUGGUUACCUUUGUAGCCACAAGAGGAUCCACACAGGGGAGAAACCAUACGCAUGUAACGAGUGCGGAAAAUGUUUUAGUCAAAAUCAUUCACUCAGUAACCAUAGAAGGAUUCACUCAGGUAAGAAACCCUAUAAAUGCCUGGAGUGUGGAAAAUGAGAGAAACCAUUUAAAUGCAUCGACUGUGGAAAGAGUUUCCGAGGCAGCAGGAAUCUUACGAUUCAUAAAAGAAUCCACACAGGGGAGAAGCCAUAUCAGUGUGUGGAGUGUGGAAAGAACUUCAGAACCAAAAGCGACUUUAAUCGCCAUAAGAAGACGCACAGCAGGAAAAGACCACAUUAA